AUGGCACCUGCCAACACGCGCGCGAGACCUUUCGGGUCCCAGAGACUCACACGCAAAAAUUACACGAACUCCGAACCCGACGAGCCCAAAAGCAAUGAGUCCGCGAACCCAGAGCGCGAAAAUCUUUCUGGACCCAUGGAAAUUUGCAUCAUCGCCGACAAUGAUGAUUCAUCCGAUGAUGAUGGUUCAGCCCAGAUGAACUCGGACAACAGCGACUCCUUGAGAUCAAAGGAGUUAAUUCCUAACGCUAAAAGUUCCUGCCGAUUACAAUCUGGAGGACAUGAAACCAUGGACGAUUCUGCGACCUAUGCGCGCACUGCUUACGACCUAAAUGGCAAAACUCCUUUCGUUGGCAACGAGCAGCUACAGGCGCGCAAUGCUGGCCAUCCAAUCUUGACGCCAGGUGGAACAAGCGAAAUACCUGACUCAGAGGGCCCCGACGACGAGGACCCUGGAAGCACGCAAACCAGAAAUGCAGAGACCAACGCCGACACCAACGCCGACACCAAUGAAGGCACCAAUGCAGACAGGCACGCGGACCCCGCUCCAUACAACGGAGCCAAUACGUCUCGCAGAGGCAAGAUUUCCAGAAAGCGCAAUGUAUCACCGCGCACAGGUGGAAAACGCGACGCACCUGUCUUACGCAAAAUUGCCAAGAGGCGCAAGGUUUUCAAGGAUUUAAGCCAAGAGUCUUCUCCAUUUCUGUUAAGCGGCGCUGAAAUCCUGUCCAUAAUUCCAAGAGGCGAGUGCAUCGAAAUUGAGGUUGAUGGCUGCUGGAGGAUGCAAUUCGUUGACAAGCCAUUGUCUUCCACAACAUAUCGUGGUUCAUACACAGUCCGCGUAACUCCCCAUUACCGGAGCGAGCGCCAGAAAAGCCUCGUUGUGACAGCGCUCACCGAUGCCACCUCCAACAGCGGCGGCCUUCCACCAAAUGGCAUUUCUACUAUCGGACUGCAACAGAAGUUGAUAGCUCAGUAG